CGGAAUCGUCUUCAAGAUGACGAACGCUGUUUGCGAGAGCCACAAUAAAUCCUGGGUGCUAAUCGACACCUGUCGACUGCGAGCUUUGCAGCGCAACAAAACCGUCCUGAAUGUGUUCCUAACUUUGCUGCAUCCAUCGAAUUCUGUCCGAAUCGAAUAUCAAGUUAACAAAAGAGCCAACGGCUACAAGCCUUGGGUAGUUAACGGAGAAUUUGAUGUAUGUAGACAUAUGCGAAGACCAAAAGAUAAAUUUGGCGACCUACUUUUUGCUCUAAUCGGCGAAUUUACAUCAAUUAAUCAUCCCUGUCCAUAUGACGGAAUAAACUACUUAAAAAAUUUUUAUCCAAGAGCUGAUAGGCUACCCCUUAUAUUGCCAACUGGUGAAUAUGUUUUACUAAUGAAUUGGAAAUUUUAUGGAAGAACUCAAUUCUUUACUAAUGUGUACUUUACAUUUGUGGAGAAUUUUUAA